AUGGCACUAAUGUUCUCCCGUCCGUCUGUUGUCUGUCUGUCUUUCUCCCCAUCAUCCCCAUCCCCUGCAGCCUGCUUGCUCCAGGCCGAGCUGGUGAACUACGAGCGGGUCAAGGAGUACUGCCUCAAAGUGCUUCAGAAAGAAGGCGAGAACUUCAAGGCUCUCUAUCGAUCGGGAGUGGCGUUCUACCACCUGGGUGACUUCAACAAGGCCCUUUACUACCUGAAAGAGGCACGAUCCCGCCAGCCGACAGGUACAAAUGUCAUACGAUAUAUCCAACUGACAGAGAUGAAGCUCAGCAGAUGUUCCCAGAGAGAGAAAGAAGCCUUGUGA